AUGGGAAAAGAACAAAGUGGCCUUCUCCCCCUGAAAAUUAUCCUCCAGCUAACAUUACAAGGAAGAUAUUAUGAACACAUUUCAGGAGCCGAGGCUGUUGAGGCCCAGUGUAAAAGAUUUGAAGUGAGAGCAAGUGAAGACGGCAGGGUGCUGUUUUCUGCAGAUGAAGAUGAGAUCACUAUCGGGGCUGAGAAGCUAAAGGUUACAGGGACUGAAGGAGCAGUAUUUGGGCACUCUGUGGAAACACCUCACGUCAGAGCAGAGCCAUCCCAAGACCUCAGGCUUGAAUCACCUACCAGAUCCUUGAUAAUGGAGGCUCCACGUGGGGUCCAGGUGAGCGCUGCUGCAGGGGACUUCAAGGCUACCUGCAGGAAGGAGCUGCAUUUACAGUCCACAGAAGGGGAGAUUUUUCUAAAUGCAGAUUCAAUCCGGCUGGGAAAUCUACCAAUCGGUUCCUUCUCUUCUUCACCCAGCUCCUCAAAUUCUCGACAGACAGUGUAUGAACUGUGCGUCUGCCCCAAUGGCAAACUCUACCUUUCUCCCGCUGGGGUAGGCUCCACCUGUCAGUCCAGUAGUAGCAUUUGCUUGUGGAGCUGAAGCGACUGAUUUCUCCUCACACCAGAAUAGCCUUUUGUUCCCGUCCGUCUGCUUCACGGUUUUGCUCGGUUUCCCUUGUGAUCAGUCCAGAGCGUCUUCAGAUGGACCACAGAGCAAACUGUUCCAGGGCCCGCCGGGAUUGGCCUUUACCUUUCCUGAUUCACCAUACUCAACGCAGAGUGUGACUGGCUCGGCCAUGGGAAA